AAGCGUGAAUGGAAAGGUCACUGGAGCUGCUAAAGAGCUCUGGCUUCCUGCACCGCGCCUCUGCUGCUGUUGGGCUGUUCCACUCAGCUUCUGCUUCUCUUCCACUGAGCUCUCUGCAACACCAUGAUUAGCAAGGUGAAAAAUGCCAUGUCCUCGCUGGUGGGUGGCAUUGUUCCGCACGGCCACCACCAUCAUCAUGGUCAGCAGCAGCAGCAGCAGCAGCAGAGCGGAGCGGACUCUCUACCCCCGCGCUUCCCGUACGCGCGGCCCGAUUUUCUGGAGCUGAGCGCUGAGCUGGUGCAGUACGCAGCUGAACACGCAUCCCGGCCUGUCAUCACCCUGCGGAGAGACACCCGCCUGCCCUGGGGCACUGGAUACGCAGAGGUGAUAAAUGCAGGAAAGAGUAUGCUGAAUGAAGACCAGGCUUCGUGUGACGUGCUGUAUGUAAAGAAAUUCAGUAGUAAACAGCAGCGUGCCUGCAUGAUGCUAGAGGACAGUGGGGACACCACGGGUAUACAGAUGCACUUCUGGGGUGUAUUCGAUGGCCACGCAGGCUCUGGAGCUGCCCUCAUGGCUUCCAAGCUCCUCCAUCGGCUCAUACGAGACCGCCUGUGUGAAGUGGCCCAUCUUCUAGAGAAUCAGAGCAGCCCCCCGCCCAUCUGCCUAGCUAAAAAUGGGAGUCUGUACCAGGCUGAGCAGAAGAAGGGAGCCUGUUUGGAUGGAGAAGACCCGGAUGGCCCUGGGGAUGCCAUUGCCCGCUUUCACAUGGAGAAGGUGGUCAGUCUGGAUAGCCUGGUCAUGGGCAUCAUAGAGAAUGCCUUCAAACAGAUGGAUGACCUCAUUGAGAAGGAGAAAGCAUCAUACAGUAUUUCGGGAGGAUGUUGUGCCUUGGCUGCUGUACAUUUGUUGGGAAAACUCUACGUAGCAAAUGCAGGAGACAGUCGAGCCAUAAUCGUCAAAAAUGAAGAGGUGAUACCCAUGUCUAAUGAGUUCACACCAGAGAGUGAGAGACAGCGGUUGCAGUACCUGGGCUUCUUAAAACCAGAACUGCUUGGGAAUGAGUUUACACACAUUGAGUUUCCCCGACGCAUCCAGCACAACGAGCUAGGCAAGAAAAUGCUCUUUAGAGACCACACCAUGACUGGCUGGGCAUAUAAAACAAUUGUGGAAGAUGACCUCAAGUUCCCUUUAAUUUAUGGAGAAGGGAAGAAGGCCAGAGUCAUGGCCACUAUUGGAGUAACACGUGGUUUAGGCGAUCAUGACCUAAAAGUGUACAACUCCAACAUUUACAUUAAACCUUUCCUGUCCUGCUGUCCAGAGGUGAAAGUAUACAACAUUUCAGAGCACAAGCACGGACCUGACGACGUUCUCAUCAUGGGCACUGAUGGACUGUGGGAUGUCACAUCUGACAGAGAAGUAGCUGAUGCAGUGACAAAAUUUCUGUCCUGCUGUGAGCCCAACGACCCAAUGAGGUACACACUGGCCGCUCAGGAUCUUCUAAUGAGGUCACGUGGGGUUCUAAAGGAACGAGGCUGGAGGCUACCCAACGAAAGACUGGGAUCAGGCGACGACAUCACAGUAUUUGUCAUCCCUUUGGCUGGAGCAGAGUCAGAGACAUGAUAGCUGGUUGGGUUCUCCUCUGUCGAGGAAUCAAACCUAAGACUGAGGAAGGGGUGCAAUACCAAAAAAAUCAAUUUUUAGCUGAGCAUAACUAAGCUGGUGGGAGAGAUGUGUGCAUUGCUCCUCUUCCUCAUACAUUUCAGAGGAAGCAGCUAGACUCUUACCUCUUCGUAUUAAGCCUGGGAUGACAUCAUCAAGUGCCACUUCUCUCAUCCGACGUUUCUCACAGAUUUGCUGUGAAAGUUCGCUGCCCUCU